AUGUCGUCGUCGUUGCUUGCUGAGAAGCGAUGUCUUCUUCUGAAACUGGCCAACGAGACAAGACCCAAGCAAUUCUUCGAGCUUAUAUGCGCAUUGGCGCCUGUAAGCUGUGCUCGGAUGACGACCGAUUCAUACAUGACCUUUCGAGAUAGACGGCAGCUCGAAGUUACGCCACCCAAUGACAUUUCAAGCUCAUGCAGCGAGACCCGACUGCCCAUGCUGAUCAAUUCCGAGGGCUGCUCCUCGGGAAUACAGCUUGUGCCCUUUGUCCGACAACCACGCCGCUGGGAACGUCAUCUCUGCGAUGCAGCGUAG